AUGUCACAAUAUAUGGAUGAAGUAGAUAGAGAGUUCAUUGAAACUCUAUAUCCACAAUACCUGUUACAGCAACCAAUUGCAUAUGAUCUAUGGUCAGGAUAUUACAAGCACAAAAAAUUGUUUCACAAAUCAAACUAUAAUAAACUCUCUAAUAGCUUCAUUACUAUAAAUAGUAAGCAUCAUAAACUACCUUACUCGAUAAAGAAAGAAAUCUGGCAAAAACUGAUGCACCUGGGAGUUCUGGGAACUAUAUCUUUUGACACAGCAAGAGAUGAUUACCUUUUGCAGGUAUAUAAAUACUUCUAUCCUGGAUCAAAUUUAGUGCUAUUUGGUAAUAAACCCGGGUCAUUAAAAAAUGAUAGGUUUAAAGGACAAAGUGAUCUUCAAAAUAUUUAUAAUACGAACAAUGCAAUCGACAGAAGUAUCGAAGAGUUAGCGAAACCAGAGGCUUCUCCCGCCAAUCUUAUGGAAUUGGGGAACACCAAUACUUCAUGGAGGAAUAUUGCAGAAAAUUUAAACAAUGAAAAUGAUUCAAGUAGUACAAGUUUACGACACCAUCCAUCCGUCUCAUUGAGCUUUUCUGAAUCUGUCAAUGAUGAUAGCAGCGACCAAAAUGACAACGACGAAGACGACAUGAGCAGCAAUAGUUCUAGCGAAAGUGAAUUAAAUGAAGAUGAGGAUGACGACGAGAAUAUGCGUACUAACGAAGAAAGAGGUCAAAGAGAUGAUACGCCACAAAGCCAGGAUUCAAGACGUACAAUUGCUGAAAUCGAGGAAAAUGAAGUAAGUGUUAAUCAUGAUGAGGGUAGUACAACUGAGGCGAAAAAAUCACAUGAGGAGCCAAAUGAACAAUUUUAUUAUUCAAAUGUGUCAUCGCCCAAAAUUCCUUAUCAAAUGAAAACAAAUUUGGUCAGUCCAGAUUUGUAUAGGUCAAUUAGUUACCUCUUACCCCAUUACUGGGUAUCACAACCGAAUAACAGCGUCUUGGUUUCAUCGGAUGGUAUUUCAAGGAUAAGUCCUAAUCCGAACUGGCAAUCAUAUAUGAAGUACGAGAGAUCUGCAAGCAGUAAUGUAUCAACUAUUGCCAGAAAUAGGUUGCGAACUGGAAUUGGUUCCACACAGAAAUAUGAAUAUGCAGUGACCUGGGCCAACAGUUCUUUACCUUUACCUAAUUUAUCAAUUUUUUAUUUCGAAAUUAGAGUUCUGAAUGUUAGUAGUUCCCAAGGUGGCAAGAAUAGCAACAUCAUCGUUGGAUAUAAACUAUCUCCAAGCAGCAUGAGUCGUGAUAACGUCAAUACUAAUGAUAAUAAUGAAGCGAUAAGUUCAACAGUGCAGUUUAUCGAGACCUCUCAGACUUCUUCAUCUUCAAGGAAUAGCAAUACUACAGGUGGAAGAAAUAAUAACAGCGGUGGUGGUAAUUUGAAUGGUGCAGGCAACAAAAACGUUUUUGACGCUGGAUUUUUUGGCUAUCUAGGCUUUGAUGGUUCUGUUUCUGCUGGCAGACAAUACAACACAUACAAUGAACCUUAUGGUAGGGAUGAUAUUAUUGGAUGUGGUAUAAAUUUCAUUGAUGGAUCUAUUUUUUUCACUAAGAACGGUGUAUUCUUAGGUACGGCUUUCAAUGAUCUUCACGACACUCCUGUUGUACCAGCCAUUGCUUUAAGACCAGGCAACUCUGUCAGGACAAAUUUUGGUCUGUAUGAGGAAUUUGUCUUUGAUAUCAUAGGUUAUCAGAACAAAUGGAAAGGGAAAGGCUACGACAACAUAUAUAAAUCUGUCAAUAAUGAAUCAGACGACAUAGAGAGUGACAUGGAGGCAGAUGAAGGGCCAAAAGAUGGAGAUACAAUAAUGGGUGAUACUGAAGAGAUUGAAGAAGAAAAGCUACCGGACUUCUUAUUGGGUCAUGAUUUCAGGAAUGUCAAUGGGCAAUUGACAAAACCAGAUGUAUUAAGAAUAAAUCAUCUGAAUUCUAAUAAUAAUUCAAUUCCGAAUACUUUGAAUGCAAUGAUAAAUGAAUAUUUAAUUCAUGAGGGCUUAAUAGAUGUUGCGAAGGGAUUUUUAAUUGAUUUACAGAGGGAUGGUUCGUAUAAUGAUAACAACGACGAGAUAAAAGUUAUUAGGCACAAUGAGAAACAAAUUAUCAAGGAGGAGGAAAUGUUAAAAGUUAGACAAGAGCUAAGAAAAUUAAUUAACGAUAGGAACAUAAAGCAAUGCAUUCAAUAUAUUGAGAAACAACUGCCCGGAUUAUUAAGUCAAAACGUUGAACUAUUAUUUGAAUUGAAGUUGGCAGAAUAUUUAAUACUGAUUUUAAAUCAAACUAAUAUCAAGACUAUAAUUUUGCAAGGGCAAGAAUUAUCUGCGACAUUUCUAAACGGUAAUUUGACUGCCGACGAUAAAUUGAAGAACAAAUUCAAUGAACAAUUAAGCAAUGUAUCUGCAUUAUUGGCAUACGAAGAUCCAAUAAACGAAUCUCCUGAUGAAUUAUCCUUCUAUCUAAGUAAUGAAUUCUUGCAAGAGAGACUGUACCAAGUGAUAAAUUCGAAUGUUUUGAAAUAUUUAAACAAAAACAGCGAUUGUUCACUGGAAAAUUUGGUUGGAUAUACGAGGUCCAUGCUGUCUACGUUGAUGACUUACGAGGGUUCAGAUCCCAACAACAGUAACAAUAACAAUGCCGUGUCAAACAAGAAUGAACUCAGAUACUAUAAGGUUGCUAAUAUAGACGAGGAUAUAUUGAAUAUAUGA